AUGAAUCCGACUUCGUCCGCGCACGCGCGCAUGGCAGAAGACGCGGGGGAACUGAACGCACGGGAACGCGGUGGUGGCAGUGACUCCGCAGAUGUUCCUGAGAGUCGUGUGCGCAGUGAAAGCAGCGAUGUGGGUAUGGAGGGCAAUAAGAUGGAGGGUGAAACAAUCAGGGAGGCGGGGGGUGAGGAAGAGCAGGCAGAGGCGUCCUCUUCGGGUUCAGACUCCCCCGAGGCUCCCGCCUCGCCUCCCCCGUGGUAUGACGCGGAGAUGGAUGACCGGGACGAGCGGUGGAUGGCCAAGGCGCGGCGGCGCCGCGGAGGGCGGAGGCACGAGCGCUUCACCACACAGUACCGAGCAGUCUUUGCAGUCAACUGUGCAGUGAACACGUCCCAGAAACUGGUGAUGCCGUCAGGUAAAGACGGAGGCAGCAAGAAGCGAAAGGGCAGGGGGAAGAGUGGAGGGGCAAAGGAGCAGGGGAGCACUGGUGGGGGUGGCGUGGGAGGUGUGAUUGGGGGAGAGGGGAGUGCAGGAGGUGAAGAGGAGGUGAUGCAUCCAGUGAUGUGUGAGACGUGUGGGACAGAGGUUGGUGUGUUUGAUGCAAUGGAGCAAGUGUACCACUUCUUCAAUGUCUUGCCAACCAAUUGCUGA